AUGAUCCGCGACCACCGCACCAACCGUGCCGAUUUCAUCUUCUACUCGAACCGCAUCAUCCGUCUGCUGGUCGAAGAAGGUCUGAACCACCUACCCGUCAUCCAGCAAGAGAUCACCACGCCCGUCGGCCGUCAUUACAAUGGUGUCAAGUUUGAGGGAAAGAUCUGCGGUGUCAGCAUCAUGCGCGCCGGCGAAUCCAUGGAGCAGGGCCUCCGUGAUUGCUGCAGAAGCGUACGCAUCGGCAAGAUCCUGAUCCAGAGAGACGAGGAGACGAGCCAGCCUCGUCUUUUCUACGAGAAGCUGCCCGAAGACAUCAAGGACAGAUGGGUCCUCUUAUUAGACCCCAUGCUCGCUACCGGUGCGCACCAACUUACAUCCUCGUUUGUCCUCACUGACGUGCAUCUAGGCGGGUCUGCUCUGAUGGCUGUCGAGGUACUGAGACAAAAGGGUGUGCCGGAGGAUCGCAUCCUCUUCCUCAAUCUCAUCGCCAGCCCAGAAGGUGCCGACAACUUUGCAGAGAAGUUCCCCAAGGUGAGAAUCGUCACCGCCUUCAUCGAUGAAGGCUUGGAUGAGAAGAAGUACGUCAAAAUCGGUUCCUCGUUUUGA